AUGCAGGGCCACAUGGUGAGGAGCUGGGCUCCUCUGGGUGUGCUCCUGCUCUGUCUGCAUCUCCCAGGCCUCUCUGCCCGGAGCAUUGGUGCAGCGGAGGAGAAAGCUGCCCAAGACUUAGGGGCCAAUGCGAUUCUGCCUGGACAACCUUCUUCAACUGGCCCCUCCAACUCUGAACAUCCUCAGUCCAAACCAGAUCCUGAGUCUAAUGAUUUAAGGAGUGUUCCUCUGAGCCCCAGUGCCUCUCCAUCAGAUGGCUCCCAACCCGCAGGGGGUCCUGGGGCUCAGAGUUGGCCCCAGUAUGGCGGCCUGCCUUAUCUGGACUCCUGGGCCUCUGAGGAGCCUUUGCAGAUGACAGCCACUGGAGAUGAGGAUGCUGUGGGGGGAGCGUCUCCCCAAGGCCUGUAUUUCUUUUCUAAUGAUGCUGACCUGCCUCCAGGCAAUGGGCCUUCACCUGCAGGGUCCUCAGAACACCCCUCUGGGGCGCAGCCUGAGACUUCACUCUCACAGAAGGACCCUAAAGCUAAACAGCCACCUCUUUCUAAUAUGGGGGCCCAAGAACAAACUUCUACUGAGCGUCCCUUCUGGAAUCUUAUUAACAGGAUUCGCCAGUCCAUUCUGUCCGGCCGCCCCUGUGGGCUCCUGAAGCCCAGAGGGCCCUUGGGAGGCAGAGGUCCUGCAUCCGGAGUGGCCACAAGGCCCAUGCCACAACCUGGAGGGCUCGGCGGGAUCAAAAAUCCACAGUUUGGGGGGCUCGGUGGUAUCAAAAAUCCACAGCUUGGGGGGCUUGGAGGUAUCAAAAAUCCACAGCUUGGGGGGCUCGGCGGUAUCAAAAAUCCAAACCUAAAUACUGGCUGGGGGAAUAUUAAUCGGAUUCCCGGGAUCGGUGGGGGGAAUAUGAAUCAUUUUCCUGGUAUGGGCGGGGGUAAUGUGAAUGGGUUUCCUGGUAUCGGCGGGGGGAAUAUGAACGGGUUUCCUGGUAUUAAUAAUCUUUUUCCUCCUGGAGUUGCCCAGCCCGCUGGCCCUUCUUGGAGCAGCUCACCUGGCUGGUCCAAUCCUGAAAAUGUUGAGUCACAGUAGGUUGGGAGAGUCGCAGAGCGUGAACCUGGCAUUGGCAUCAGAGACGGGAGCCCGCUUUCUCCGGCAGUGUGAGCUCUCUCAAGGUUCAGUCAACACUUUCCCAGGAUCAUCUUCUCUUUUCACGGCCUCUCCUGUUACCACCAUGUUGACCGCCAAUAAAACAUGAA